AUGGCUAGGGAUCAUCGACAGGCCAAUGGCCAGUUUAAGGAAGAGCCGGGCAAUGACUCGGCCGCACCUCCACAGCAGCCAUCGCAUCCUUCAGGGUACGCUUCGAGCCAUCCCUCUGCUCCGGUCUAUCAACAGCCAAAUCAAGGGAACGCCGCGCAGAACUCGACACAGGACGGUCUGCCCUACUACCAGGCGAGCCCCUACAGCACCCCAAGCGCGACAAGCGGAUACACGUCCGCAGUAGAGACGCCUGACAUGAUGGCCGCGACAAUGCAUCGACAGUACCCCCCCAUUUACCAGACUCCCCAGUCCAACUCGCCAGCGUCUGUCGCGUCGCCCUCGGGCCACGAUCAGCAUAGAAGCAUGUAUGCCCAGCCGACUUCGCAACAAAUGCCACAGCAGUCGAUGUACUACCCGCCGCAGACCCAAUAUGGAUCCAUGCCCCAGCAGCCUGCACCCUCGCCAUACAGCCAGCAUGCUCAGACGUCCCACCAAUCCAUGACCUCCCAGCCAAACAUGAUGAUGUCGCACACCGCGCCACAGCAUCAGAUCGCGCAGCACGCGACUCAGCACGCGCAAGCUGGAAUGACGGGCAGCCCACGGCAUCAGAAGAUUGAGGCGCAUCAAGUGCCCCCUCAACUCCAGAGGCCAUCGCAAUCAGGAUCCAUCGGAGGUCCAUCACCGAGCACUCAAAAUGGCGCCCAGCUCUCAACGCCGACGGGCUCUACCCCCGGCGGUGUUAAUCCCAACGCUGCUCCGGGCCCGAUUCCCGCCACAACUCCCCUGGUGGUUCGCCAGGACGGCAAUGGCGUGCAGUGGAUAGCGUUUGAGUAUUCCAGGGAUCGCGUCAAGAUGGAGUACACGAUCCGCUGCGACGUCGAGUCCGUCGACACCGACCAGCUCUCGGCCGAGUUCAAGACUGAGAACUGCGUGUACCCUCGCGCGUGCUGCGCCAAAGACCAGUACAGAGGCAACCGUCUCCAAUACGAGACGGAGUGCAACACCGUCGGUUGGGCAUUGGCACAGCUCAACCCACCUCUGCGCGGCAAGCGGGGUCUUAUUCAGCGCGCAGUCGACAGCUGGCGGAAUAGCAACCAGGACCCCAGGCUGCGUUCCAGGCGAGUCCGCCGUAUGGCCAAGAUGAACAACCGAAAGGCCGUCAACAGCACUCACCCUGCCCACAUGGCCGGUCCAAGUGGUCCUGCAGGUAUGGCUGGCUCAGGGCCCAUGGGUCCCAGUGGUUCAGCUUCCAUGGGAAAGCCCGCAAUGGCGAUGGGCGGGCAGAUGCACCACCACCAGGGUGGCUCUGACGGCCACUCUCAUGGUGGGGGGGAUGAAGUCGGUGAGGGAGAGUAUAUGGACGACCAGCAUCACCACCAUCACCAAGCUCCCCCGGCACAGCCCGGCCCCGGCGGCGACGACGUUCGUCAGGCCCAUGUAUUCCACGGUGGCUUCAACGGCGGCUAUGGAAGCAACGCCCCUGCCAGCAGUUCCACCAUGCCGUCGCUUCAGGACACCCUGAGCAACGGUCAUCAUCCCGUGGCUGCUCGCCGUGCCGGCUCUCGCGCUGCCGGCGCUGACGAGCCAUCGGAUCUGUUCCCCGACAUUCCCGAGGCAAAGAAGCGCAAGUUCAUCCUCGUUGAGGACAGCGACCGACAAAGCCGCCUGCGUGUGCGCGUCACCCUCGACGGGGUCGAUACUCGCGAAAUCCCCGACUCGUUCCGCAAGAGCUCGUCCGUGUUCCCACGGUCCUAUUUCCCUCGCGAGAUGCAGAGCCCGCCGCCUAGCGCCACAGGGUCAAGGUUCUUCCAGGAAGACAUGAGUGAACUUGAGGAUGACGGCAACGCUGAGACAGAGGGAAGGCGUGCCGGGCGAGGGGCCGCUGGAAGGGGCCGGUCCUUGAUCAAAGUUCCCGCUACUUCUAAUGAGGGAGGCGAGGUCGAAGUUGCUAUCCCGAAGUUGCGCAAGAGCAUUCGCGGCAAGGAGGUCCGUCUCAAUGACCUGGGAUACCGCAUGGCUUGGCUCCAGAGCAGAGUCUUCGCGGGUCGACCAGUGUUUCUCCAACGCGCCCUCGACUGCUACCGCAACAAGACUCGCCAGGCAAUCGACUCCAUCAUGCAGGAUGUCAAGACCGUGGCCCCGCAUUAUGAAACUCGUGUUGGCAAGCGCAGGUGGACCGAGAAGACCCGACGCGGCGAUAAGAAGGACGAUGAGUCUUAG